GUCUACUACUAUUACAACAACUGUAAUUCUUUCUUGCCGUCACGACAACCAUGUCGCACCCACUGAAGAAGCCCCGUGCUGUUUUUCCAAUCGAAGAUUACGUGGAGGAUGACAGUGAAGAUGAAGAAAUGCAAGAUGAAUGCAUUGGGCAGACGCUUAAUGUUGACUUUGAGGGUUUCACAGCCAGUGACAAUGAUUUCCAUGGGAUAAAGAGAUUACUUCAGCAAAGUUUUCGUGGUUUAGAAGUUGAUGUGUCUGGUAUUGCAGACACCAUUAUCUCUCAGAAUUAUGUUGGGUCUGUCAUUAAGCAAGUUGGUGGGGAGGAUGAAGACGAUGAUGAAGAAAUGGAUGAGGAAGAUGAUGAUCAAUUGUUCGGUGUUACAACCAUCAUAAAUCUAACUUCACGGAAGGAUGAGAAGUGUAUUGCAGGUUUUCGAACGACAUUAGUAGAGAAGUGUUCAGAGUAUGCCAAUGAUUCGACCAGCCAACAGUUGCGUGAAUUGUUAGGCAAUGAAAGUAAACAUGUGGGCCUUCUGAUCUCAGAGAGAGUUGUUAAUCUGCCACCACAAUUUGCAUUGCCAGUUUUUGAAAGUUUAUUGAAGGAACUUGAAGAAGCCAAAACUAAGAAGAUGCCUUAUGAAUUUGCAUACCUCAUUCUUAUUUGCAAAGUGUUUAAACAUGAGAAGAAAAAGAAGAAGAAAAAUAAAACUGUUGAAACAGAGAUCUGGAGCAAUCCAGAGGAAGAAGUCAUAGCUGAAGAAUCUUUGGCUAGUUUUGAUUACAUAGUGAAAGGGGAUAAGGCAGUGUCUGAUGACUGGGAUGAAGAUGAUCCACAGUAUACGCCCUUCAGAAGAGUGUUGCUGCUAGAUGCUAAUCGCUUGCCAGAAAUUUUGUCCAAGGUUAAGCAAGCCAUUUAUCAGUCUUGAAAAUGUUGAAUUGCUUUUUCUACAACUGGAGACCUUUAUGGAAAAUUUUGCAUAUUUGAAAGGAUGUUGAAAAUGCCAGUGUAGGGAAUAAAGUUUCACAAGCUA